GUGAAUAAAUAGCCAUUUUUGCUGCUUUGCGUGUGGUGCGAACUAUUUGGAUAGUGUGCUGUUUUAUUGAUAUAUUUGUUAGUAGUGAGUUUUAAUUUGUGAUAUACUUCUAUGAAUCUCUUGUUACAAGUGUAAGAAGUUAUUAAUUGCAAAAUCGGUUUCUUUUAACAAUAACAAACGGCGUUGUUAACCUGUUUAUUAACAGUGACGGAUGGAAGGGCUCUUGCACAUUCUGCAGUCCUCCAAUGGCGGUAAAUUCAAGUUUGAAAUAUUUCUAAUGUAACAUGUAAGAAUAUUGUGCAUUGUUAACGUGAGAUGGGUAGUCCCAAAGAAGAAGUUAUUGCUUCUGAAAGCAAUUGUGAAGUAAAGAGUGCAGAAAAUGAAGCAGUUGGUGAAAUAUCGGACAGUGAAGUGGCUACGGCUACGGAUUCUUCCGUAAAUAUUUCUGCGAAUCAGUCAGUGUGUGACUCGAACACUUCGAAAGAUGGAGAUAUUGCUGCUGGUGCCGGUAAGAAGGGUAAGAAAAAGUUUCGUCAUGGAAAGAAGGGCUACUUGCCUUCGAAAGAUAACUCCGACCGAAGCACGGUGCGCAGAGUCCACUACGCGAGCACUAAGUUCAAGCAAGGCAGGAAAAGAGCACAAAGUUUUCCUUCCAUAUCAAAGUUCUUUCUUCCAUACAAAAGACCUCGUAAGGACGCGUUCAUUCCACCCACAAAAUUCCUUUUAGGAGGUAAUAUAUCAGAUCCCUUGAAUCUGAAUAGUUUGCAAGAUGAAGACAUUAACAGGGCAAUGAAUGCAGUUACUCCAGAAUCUUCUCCUCUGCCCACACCGCCUCGACACAAGGCUAAAAUAGAUGUCAUUAUUCCGCCUAAUAUUAGAGAUCCUUUGAAUCUUUUGGAACCAUUGGACAAUGAAGAGUAUGAGAAACGUCUUGAAAUGCAACGGCGCAAGCCACGUAAGAAGCCCCGUUUGCGGCGGAGAACUACUGAAUGCUCAGAUAAUGCUCAAGUAGUUGAAAAGGUUGCGGAAGUGACAGCAGAUGGUAUCAAGGAGCCUCUUCCGCCUGAACCAUCUACGUCAGCAUCAAAAUCUAUAUCAACAGUAGCUUCCAAAGUAAGAAAGAGGUCUUGCAGUGAGAGUGACAAUUCUCAGAAGGGCAAGGAUGCCAAAAAGUUGCGCCGCAUGGAUUCCUUGGACAAAAUAGUCAGUCCUGUGGUACCACAGCCAGGGACAUGGAAGCGCGCCAGGCCGCACCAGCGGCCGGCGCCGCCCGAGCGCCCCAUCUCGCCACACAAACAGAGUAAGGCUGAAGGAGAACAUAAGCUGCCUACAUUUCACCCAAAAAAUACAAAAUACCAGUAUGGAAACUAUGACAGGUACUACGGUUAUCGUAACCUGAACGCAAUGAUGGAUGUCCGCCUGCAAGUGUUCGAAAUGCACCGCCACCUAUUCCAGAACAAGGAUGUGUUGGACAUCGGCUGCAAUGUCGGACACGUGUCCAUCGCCGUCGCGCGCACGCUGGGCGCCCGCUCCGUCCUCGGGAUCGACAUUGAUCCAGUACUUAUUGGUCGAGCGAGAAAAAAUCUAAAAUCAUUCGUACCCGUUCCUACGGAACCAAAGACGGAAGACGAUAAGAAAACGGAAAUGGACGACGAUAAAAAGGAUUGUGACAAAUGUACCGAAGAGAAAUGUACAGAUUGUAGCACAUCAGCACCAAAACCAGCUGACGACAAAACUGGAGAAGAUAAGAAGGAAGGAAAGAAGGAAAUGAGGAAAGUGAAGAAGCCGCGUAAGAACCGGAAGGCGGGGAAGCAGGAACAGCGGUGCUACUUCCCGAUGUCUAUGUCGAUGCUCUAUGGGCCGCUCUGUAGCGCCCCCUUGGAGCCGACGCCGCCGGUCUUUCCGCAUAAUGUUACCUUUAAACAGGGCAACUACGUCCCGCGCGAAGACGCACCGCUAGGGUCGGAGAGCCCGCAGUUCGACCUGAUCCUGUGCCUGUCCACCACCAAGUGGCUGCACCUGAACUGGGGCGACGCGGGGCUCAAGCGCGCCUUCCGCCGCAUGUUCGCCGACCUGCGCCCCGGCGGGAAACUCGUCGUCGAAGCGCAGAACUGGCCGAGUUAUAAGAGGAAGAAGCGUUUAACGCAAACCAUCUACGAGAACUUCAACGCGAUCGAGAUGACGCCGCAGAAGUUCCGCGAGUACCUGCUGUCGCCCGAGGUCGGCUUCAGCAAGUACGCCGUGCUCGGCGUGCCGCAGCACGCCAGCAAGGGCUUCCGCCGUCCCAUACAGCUCUAUAUCAAGGGCGACUUCACGCCCAGCAAGGCGCGCUGGUCGGACGCGUACGCGCCGUCGUCUGCGCACCGGCCGGAGGCGGCGCCGGCGCGGCGCACGGUGUACGCGCCGGCGGCGGUGGCGCCCGCGUACCGGCCCAGCGACGACGCGCCCUCCGUGGGCGCCGCCACGCCCUUCUCGCCCAACCUCGACUGCUCGGCCGACGACUCGCCCUUCUACAACCCGCGCAGCGACGCGUACGCGCCCUCGUACCAGCCGCCGCGGCCCACGGUGUACGCCACGCUGCCGUCGCCGCUGCCCAGCGCGGAGCCCGGCGUCGAGCCGCCGCCCGAGCCCGACCCGGCGCCCGACCCCGCCUGCGCGAGGGGCUUCACGCCCGGGACCGGGACCGGGACCGGGACCACUGAACAAGCCUCCCGAUAGUGUGCCGUCAACAGAACGAUACCUCUCCUCUCCCCUCCCCUCCGAUACUACGCGGUAGGGAACGCGAUCGGUAAAUAUUUAGUACGAGAGACACCGGUUUACUAGUAAUUUCUAUACAAUUACCGGUUCGCAUUCUCAACUCCGGGGUCGAUAUCGGCCCACCAAAAUGAGGUUAUCGGCGAUCCGAUAUCGAGUCGGUAGUAUUCGAGGAUUGUCUCCGCACUUACGACGAGAAGAUUUAUGAAAUUAGGUUCAGUCGACGCGAUGCGAUGCCGCUGGCGACUUAUGCGAUUUGUAACUGAAGACAUGGCUGGAAUGGAACCACACCAUCAAACCCAUAAACGUGAUGACUGAUGACGUCCUUCCAGCUCUUUUUCAAUAGGUGAUUUAGUCGCGCUGUAUCAGUAAAACCGCGAAAGUCUGUAAUCUUGCUCAACCCCGCGCCUAUACCGCCUAAUGCGAAGGCGCUGUAUCCUCCCUUUAGCAUUUGCUGUUUGUUUUUUUCGCCUAGCUGAAAAUGACAGCACAAUAUGCGCUGGGAUGAAAUAACCGCUCGAGAAGAUGAGCCCUAAAGCCUCCAGUAGGCCGAGCACAUGAUUGACGCGACAGUAUCUCGCCGCGAGAUAGACUACCCGUCUUUUAUUAAGUGUAUGAAUUAAAGGAGGACGGGUAGUCUAUGUCGCGGCGAGAUACUCUCGCGCCAAUCAUGUGCUAGCCUGGCAGUUAAAACAAAACAACUUAAAUAUAAGAAAUACCCGUAUAAACCUCAGACUUGAACUUACAGAAACUCGUGUCAUUGUAGUGACGAUUGUAACGUGAGAAUCUCGUCAAUCUUGCAGUUGUAUCGUGAGAAAAUUGACGCAAAAACAUGCGGUUGGUUAUAAAUAUAAUUUAUUGAUUCGUCUAUUUAUUUUAAUCCAAUGUUACGUGGAUUAUAAUAGAUGCUGCAAUGCGAAUUUUAACGAGGCCCCUUUAACUUAUCAAAUCAAAAUAAUGCAAAGGUUAGUAAUAGAUCCUGUAUUCAUUUCCGCAAAGCAAAUCUGAACCUUUUCCAUCUAGAUGUCUAAAUGACGGUUAGGGAAUGGAAAACCGGUUUUUAAUUGUAUUGGAAAACUAGUUAAUAACCGGUUAUUAACCGAAAUUUCAUACAAAUUAAAACCGGUUUCCAUUCCCUAAUGACGGUAUAGGUAUUUACUGCGUACCAUUAAAGUACAGUUGUAUUGAUCAGUGACCGUCUCAGUGUAUAUUCGACCAGCGUUAGUGAUCGUCUAUCGUCCUCUAUCACAAAUGAUAGGACUGUUGAGCAAUGAAAUUGUCGUACUAGAUUCACUAGUUGGCGGUUUGACCGCAUAUUUCCUGAGAUCUAUUUGGGCGACUAACGAGAUGGAGUUUGUUAAAGAUAUAGUAUAUAAUUAUUAAUAUACAUGGUGAAUUGGUGAUAAUGUUCGUUACUCGCUCAAUAGGCUGAUCGGUUCAUAAUUUUUGAUGUAAAUAUUGCUGUAGAUUCCCUAGGAUUAUGUUCAGUUGAUACAAGUAUUUUAUAUUAUAGUCGUAAAGUUUUAAUCUA